AUGGUGAAAACUCGUGGAGCUUCCUCUAAGAAGACCCCUGCUUCUCAAUCCAGAAAGGUGUCCUCUCCAUCGCCUCCUCCAUCUGUGUCAACGGCGCCUCCAUCUAAUCCAGCACCUGCCACAUCUGUUGGGAAAACUUGCAAAUCCAAGGCGCGCAAGAAGGUGUUCUCCCUCUCUAAUGAACACCCCAUGGUGUUUCCAGAUAUCACAGCUGAUAUUGUUGAUGUUGCACCACCAUCUGAAGUGGUGGUGCCCUCUCGAGCCAAGAACCUAUCUCCUCUUCCGAUUGAAUCGUCUCUGACGGCUAGGGCAAAAUCAAAAUCUGUUUCAUCUUCUUCCAAAGCUCCUGCUGCUGGGUUACUCAAACUGCCAUUGAAGCCGAGCCAGCCCAAGAAAAAUUAUGUGGCUCCAAAAAGAAAAUUGGGGUUGGACUCGUCUUCUUCCCCCUUGACUGCUACCAAGAAAAGAUUGAAGGCUCAUCCCCCUUCUCCGACUUCCUCCGAUUUUGACCCUGAGGACGGAAAAUCUGAAUCUGAAGCAACCUGUGAUACCACCUUAUCUGAUGAAACUGUUCCUGACAAUGCAGAAUCAGAGGCUGAGUCUGAUGAACCAGAACAAGAAGACAUUGUCCCCUCUGAACAAGAAGUCGAAUCUGACACAGAGCCAGUUGCAUCUCCUUUGUCAUCCAAGGCUAAAGGCAAGAGACCUAUUUUUGAUUCUACACCAUCUCCAAAACGUUCAGGUGUAAAUUUCAAACCCUAUUCUUCAACUUUUUGUUAUAAUGAUAAUGCUUGUGAUAUGGUUCUCUAUGCUUAA